AUGUCUUACCGGUUGAGCAACAUUUCGCGGCAGAUGGCUCGAUUCAUGCGAACACAUUCGUCAUCAUCAUCAUCCGCGCGCGGUAGCAGUAAUAGUAGUAGUAUGAAUAGUAGUAUGAAUAGCAGCUCGUCGUCGUCGUCGUCGUCGCGCCAAAAACAAAUUUUCUGUAACAACAACAGCAGCAACUGCAACGGCUUUGGCAUCGUUUCGCGUCCAACAAACACCAACAUCGGCAUCGGCAGUUUGCGAUCGUUUGCGGACAUCGCCGCCGCACAAAAGAACACUCAACUGAAUGCUCGAGUGGUUGCAUUCGCUCUGGAAGCAUUGAAACUUGAAGCAGCGACAACGACAGCGAGAACGAAUUUAAACUUGGUAGAUUUAGACGAGAUAAUUCUCUCGACUGAUUCUAUCGGCUUGUUCGAAGAGAUUGAGGAUACAUAG